GAGAACGCUGACAGAAUCUGGCUGGAGAGUGGAGAUAAGGAAAAAAAGUCCAAACCCUAUUAAGGAUAUUUCAAAUGUGUGUUCAGAAAAGGCUAAUGGUGAAGACUAGUCGUUUUGAAAAAAUAACACACAGUUAACUUUAGUAUAGCCUAGUAAUCACUGUACAACAACUGACAACUGAGAAAUGAACAUUGGACGGGCUGUGUGUAGCAUCCACAUGUAAUUCCAAAGGUAUUGGUUUUAAAAUGAAUAUGCACUAACUGAAACGGAUUUUUAAAGCUGUCAUUUGUGGAAUUCGUGGGUAGCCUAAUUGGGAAAAUUACUGAUUGAUUGAACUGGAACAGUACAUUGAUUUGGCUGUGCUGGACUGUGCAGGAACAAAACAUACUUAUUGGUAUGGUAAAUGCAUCGUCACAGGUUUGGAAAACUUGGCAGUUGCAGCGUCAUCUUUAUGAAAUGUUAAGUGUUGAAGACACAGGACUUGCACAAUACCACCAGAACUUAUGAGCAAAACAGCUGGGCUUUACAUUGGCGAAGAUGUUUUUGACUGGUAAAUCAAAUGCGAAAUUUUAAAUAUUUGCUUAUUGAUUGAAUACUUUUGAUAAUUCAACGCAUCCCUAGGGUAGCAACAUUUCACAGUGUAUGAACACCGAAUUUAACUUACUGAAUAGACGUAAAGGACGUCUAGGGUUAGUGCUGGCUUCAUAUGGGUUGUGCCUGGGACUCGUAGAAAAAGUUAAUGUCAUGGCAAAAUCUUAAAAUUAGUUUUGAAACUGGCGGAAAAAAAUGAAAAGACAUCACAUUUACAAAGUAAGAAGCUCUGUGAAACAGGCUGUCCCACGUGAGUUUUAAAUUCAAGCAAGUGAUUCACUUUGCAGAAUGUAGUUUGGGAAAAAAAAAAAAAAGUCUAAUGACCUCAUAUGGAAACACUUUGCAGCUCUGUUUAAAAGAAAAUACUUUCAAGUGAAAGAGGUACACAAAACAACUUUAUAUGGAAGUUGGCUGAACGGACGUGAAGACUUUGGAUCAGUAUUUGUGCAGCACUUCGGAAAUAUGAAUGGAACAUUUUUCCCUUGACUUUUUAAGUAUCGAUAGCUUGGACUCUGAGUGAUACUAAAUACAGAAGAAACUACUUCCUGCAACUGAUGGUAAUGGAAUCAAUAUAUAUAAAAAAAAUCAUAACUACUGGAUUUAAAACAGUUGGUCAUUCAGAAUCUACGUAACAAACUGAUGCAGCGCUCCCUCUAACAGUUUAUUGUCGCUGUUAAUACUCCCUCCCACAGGAAUAUCUGAACUUCUCGUUAGUGUUAGUUUUUAGAAUAUUUUUUUUUAAUGAAGGGGAUUCCUACCUGGAGCUGUUUUAAAUCGUUAUUCUGUGAAGAUGACGUUCAAAAGGACAUUUAAAUAUUUAAAACAAAAGAGAAUUUUCAACAGUGAGAUGCAAAAAUAUGUGUCUUAAAAUGAGGUCUUGACGUAUGCUUUUAGGACAACAGUUCAGUAGAAGGAAGAGACAUCAUCAUUCUUCAUCUCCCUUAAGGGAAAUAAUAACAACAGGUGUCACCUGUUAAAGCAGGUACGACUUUAACUGUAUUUCUGUCACAGUCCGCUAAGUCAAUGGCUAUGAUUUGGUGUGUCUCAAUCGAUUGUCUUGCUAAGGUGUAAGACUUCAAGAGUAGAAUACUGCUAAUACUACAAAUGUUAAUACACAUGUGUAUACAGUACCAUCAGAAUCGGAAGUAGUAACUGUUCAUAAAUAAAACCUGUGAUAUGCGUAAAUAUUCAUUCUAAUUCUGUAUUGUGUGUUAACUGUCAGUUGCAAGUGGAAGGGACAAAAGUAAGACUGAAUUUGUGCCAAGCAUUAGGACUAUUAAUUAUUGGGCAGGGAAACACCACACAUAAUGUACAAUUAAAACUAAAUUGCCAACAUGUUGUUAAAUUUGGUAUAAAUGGGAUUACAUUAUUAAAUCAACAAACUCAUAUAAAAAUAAUACAUUUAAAGCACACAAAGUUAUGUAUUUCCUGCUAAGUAAUUCAUCAUUUGAUUAGUCUACAUCUGUCACUAAAGGAGCUGAGCUGCUUAUACAUCCAGUGGUGUACUAGUACAAAACACACUUUCAUUGGCCUUUCUAAGAAGAAUACAGACCACAUUAAGUAAAGUUAACAGGGGACCAGCGCUUUAUAAUAAGGCAAUUCUGGAUUAUUACAAAUUUAACAUGCUUAAAGUGAGUAGUACUUUAUAAAAUAAAUGAAGUGAAUGGCUACUGUGUUUUGUGCACACAGCUACCUAAAGCCACCAACAUGCUCAUUUUGGGAUGAGAGUCUGCUCCAUGUGUUGAAACUGGACCCGUCUCCUCCUCUUCCUCCUUCAGCCUCUUUUCUCAUCUCCAUCAGCCCCGCUGCCCACAUGCAGGCCAAAAAGAGGUACCUUCUAGUGUCUCUAGGAGCCUGUCUUCUCCUGCUUGUCUAUCUGGGGGGAUUGCAGAUUGGAGAGUUCCAUCAACACCGCCACCACCCGCGCCACCUCCUUAAGAAUCCAAGUGGUCAAGAUCCUCAGAGGCAGCAUUGGCCACAGUGGAUUAACCCUCUAAGCACCUACCUGGAUAGCGAGGAGAAAGAUGAGGAUGGCUCUCAACUACAGCUGCGGCAUGCCUCUCCUAGAGAGAGAAGGGAGAUCAGGGCCAACAUAUACAAAAAUAGGAAGUGCAGGAUGGACACCUGCUUUGACUUCAGCCUCUGCCAGAGGAGCGGCUUCAAGGUCUACAUCUACCCUUUACAGAAGGGGGAGAAGAUUUCGGAGAGCUAUCAAAAGAUUCUCACCACCAUAGAGGAGUCCAGAUUGUAUACCUCGGACCCAAGCCAGGCUUGCAUGUUUGUCCUCAGCAUUGAUACAUUGGACAGGGACCAGCUUUCUGUUCAGUAUGUUCACAGCGUGAAAGUGAAAAUUCAAAGCCUUCCUCAGUGGAACAAUGGGAGGAACCAUCUCAUAUUUAAUCUGUAUUCAGGGACCUGGCCUGAUUACACAGAGGAUUUGGGUUUCGAUAUUGGGCAGGCAAUUUUGGCCAAGGCUAGCAUUGGCAUGGAUAAUUUUAGGCCAAAAUUUGACAUUUCGAUCCCUUUGUUUUCAAAGGACCACCCACAGAAAGGAGGUGAAAAGGGUUAUUUGACGUUCAAUAAUGUUCCUCCAUCAAGGAAAUAUUUAUUAGUUUUUAAAGGGAAAAGGUACCUGACUGGUAUUGGGUCAGAAACCAGGAAUUCUUUGUAUCACGUUCACAAUGGGGAGGAUAUUAUUUUAUUAACUACUUGCAAGCAUGGGAAGGACUGGGAGAAGCACAAGGAUACAAGGUGUGACAAAGAUAAUGAUGAAUAUGCAAAGUUCGAUUAUCAAGAGCUGCUGCACAACUCCAGUUUCUGCCUAGUUCCCCGGGGUCGGAGGCUGGGUUCCUUUCGCUUUUUGGAAGCCCUUCAGGCUGCCUGUAUCCCUGUGUUAUUAAGUAAUGGCUGGGAACUGCCUUUCUCUGAGAUCAUCGACUGGAGUAAAGCAGCUGUCAUUGGAGAUGAGAGACUUUUAUUGCAGAUUCCUUCAAUAACUAGAUCUGUAGACCAUGACAAAAUAUUGGCACUCAGGCAGCAGACCCAAUUCCUCUGGGAUGCCUAUUUUUCAUCUGUAGAAAAAAUAGUAUUAACUACAUUAGAGAUAAUCCAAGAUCGAAUUUAUUCACACAUAUCAAGAAAUAAAUUAAUGUGGAAUUCCUUACCAGGAGGUCUGUACAUAUUACCACAGUUUUCUACAAAUUCAGCAGAGUUUCCAUUUUAUUAUUCAGUGCUGGGUAAAAGCCCAUCCCAGGAGUUCACAGCUGUCAUCCAGGCCAUCACCCCUCUGAUGUCACAGUCCCAGCCUAUUGUCAAACUACUACUCGCUGUUGCCAAAUCCAAAUACUGCGCGCAGAUAAUUGUGCUAUGGAACUGUGACAAACCUUUACCUCUGAAAAACAAGUGGCCCUCCACCUUAGUGCCUAUAACAGUCAUCGAGGGAGAGAGUAAGACUAUGAGCAGUCGCUUUUUCCCCCAUGACAUUAUCCAGACAGAUGCAGUCCUGAGUUUGGAUGAAGACACCGUCUUGUCGACCAAUGAGGUUGACUUUUCCUUCAUUGUCUGGCACAGUUUCCCAGACCGCAUUGUUGGCUAUCCAGCUCGUAGUCAUUACUGGGACAACAGUAAAGGGCGAUGGGGAUACACCUCCAAAUGGACAAAUGAGUACUCCAUGGUUCUCACAGGAGCAUCAUUCUAUCACAGGUAUUACCACUACCUGUACACUCAUUAUUUACCAACCAGCCUUCACAACAUGGUUGACCAUAUGGCCAACUGUGAGGACAUCCUGAUGAAUUUCCUGGUGUCAGCAGUCACCAAACUCCCUCCCAUCAAAGUGACCCAGAAGAAGCAGUACAAGGAGACGAUGAUGCAGCAGGGCUCCAAGACCUCACGCUGGGCUGACCCAGACCACUUUGCACAGCGGCAGACCUGCAUGAACUCCUUCAGCAGCUGGUUCGGGUUCAUGCCUCUGCUCCAUUCGCAGAUGAGGCUGGACCCAGUCCUCUUCAAAGACCAGGUGUCCAUCCUGAGAAAGAAAUACAGGGACAUCGAGAGACUAUAAAGAGGACUCUGGUUUGAAUAUUCAAUAAAUCAAUGAAAGGACUUUUUCAAGCCUAUGAAAGUCUGACAUUGUACAGACAGACUUGACUUAUAAAUCAUGGUUAUUAUGCAACACCAGGCUAUUUGAUCUAUUCUUGCUGGGACUGUAAGAAUUGCAAUUUUUGGUGUCUUUUGACAACUUUUUUGUUAUUGAUUAAACAACAAUACCAAUAACCAUUUUUUGAUUAAAAGAGAGCCAGGAAUAUCGUGGAUAUGUGGUGUCUGAUAAGGAAAUCAUACAUCAAUAUGCAAUAUGUUAAUUAUGAGAGUGGGCUUCAGUCUGAUGUCUGUAGACCGCCCUCUUUAAAAAAAAGAUUGUACAAGGGCAAGAUGCCAUCAAGAUGUCUUUAGUGAAACCAAGGAGAAAAGAGUAGACCUCAAUCACAAUCAUAAAGGGGCCAUCCUUUGACAUGUAGACAUACUUACAUACUUUAAGGUUCUGUUGUGUCUGUUGAUCUUUUCUUGAGAUAGCACUUUUAGCAAAUUCUGAAUUCAGCUUUGCAGUGGUCCGAAAUUUGGUGUGUGAAAAAAAGACAGAUCUAAGACCAACUAUACAGUACUUGUUGGUGUGCUAACAAAAAUGCUUCCGAUUUCCCUCUA